AUUAACAUUCCCAUUCUGCCACAAUUUUGAGGUUAUGUCGAUAUUCCUAAUUUUUUAUUAUUGUUCGUAUUUGUAUUUGGAAUAGGCUAGUUGAUUUUGGUUUUGGAAUCAUAAUAAGGUAAGUAGUUACUUCUGAUACUUGUUAUAUAAUUCUCUUUAUCAAUAUUAAUUCUACUGUCAUUAUAAAAUUUUUUAUCCAAAAAUGUUAAUUAAAAGAAGCAGGCAAAACCACGAGAUCUGUCUUUAUCCGCCUUCAAAUUGAAUCUACCUGGAAACACAAAUCAGCCUCCUAAGAAAAAGAUCUAUGUGCCAAACUUGAAUGUACAACGAAAUCGACCUCAAGUGAAUAACUCUGCUCCAGUUAUUAAACAAGAGCCCAAUGCAGAGACAAAUAAUAAACAGAACCAUGGAAAUAGUCCUAGAGGAAGAGGGAGGGGAAGAGGCAGGGGGACAAGAACUUUUAUACAGACCACCUCAGGACUGUUUUCUGGUGGAGUGGAGAUCAAUUCAAGAGGCAGAGGCGCCAGAGAUCGCAACGAUGGAACUAGAGUUAAGGUCGAGCUACAGAAACCCAGACUCAACUUGAAGAACGCAACAGCAGUUAAUAAAACUGAAGAAGACAAUGCAAUGAAGGACUUGCUGAGAGAUGAUUUUAUGGAUGAUCCCAGUCUUGAUCCGGAUUAUGAUAACUGUCCAAUCAAGCUUCCACUAAGUCAGGCAACACAAUUCUUCAUAAAAGACGAAGCCAUCAAAGAAGAAGGCUUUAAGGUUAAGACUGAGCCUCAAGAUUUUGCUGAUCAAAAUUCACAAGUUUCUUCGCAAAAUGUAGUGACAAUUAAUGGAGAAACGAAGCUAAUCAAAGAGGAAAAGCCAGAUAUCGAUGGUGAAAUUAACGGAUUAGAAUCGAAAAUAUCCAGCACAGGACUGAAAUGUGAAGAUAAAAAGUCGAUUAGCACAAUUAAUAGAGGUAUUGUCGAUUUAAUCUCAUGUGCGGAGGAGGAUAAGUUUUUCCAAUUGCAGUUGCCGAAUUGUAUGCCAAUGUUCAAUGUGUCCUCUCAAAGCAGACAGCCAGAAACUAGUCAAGCCAAUAAUAGCGAACCUAAUAAUACGGAACAACCUAGUAAAAAAGGCCACUCAUUAAGAGAUUUACCGGCGGGUAAAGUUGGCAAAAUACAGAUUAUGAAAUCGGGUAGGACAAGACUGGUACUGGGCAAUACGAAAAUGUGGCUUGAGACUGGUACCCAGGUAGCAUUCAAUCAGGAACUGGUAGGCUUGGAUCUGGAUAAAACUACACAUUCGGGCGCAGCGAAAUGUUUGGGAUCGGUGGGUCUGCGAAUGAUGGUCUGCCCUGACUGGGACUGGCUUGUGUCUCAGACCAGCUAACAGCUGUUAAAACUAGAUAGAUAACCAAUUCAAUUCAAUAAAUUUGUGAAUAAUA